GGGCAAGUGUGGUGGAGUGCAGACAGGGUGUUUAUACAUGUACAGGAAACAGAGAGUGUGUUACACAUAAUAUCAGACAUUCGUUACUCAACAGCAUAGGGAGGCAGACCAGAACCCGCUGACAAACACACUAUAAUGAACCUUUGUGCUGUGGAUUUAAAGGUGUUGGGAUUAUCAAAUCACUGGAUUGUAAAGCACAGGACCGAGCCUGAAGAUCAUGGAACAUGCAGCACUGGAUAACCAAUCACUGUAUAGCAACUACAAUGUAUCGGAUAGGCCAAAGAGAUCCUCGGAGUUCAGCAAUGCAAACCUGGUGCUGCUGGGCGUUGCAAUGGCUAUUCUGGUUCUGGCAAUAGUUUUUGGUAACGUGCUGGUGAUUACAGCCAUCCUGCGGUUUAAGAGGCUCCAGAAAGUCACCAACUUCUUCAUUGCUUCGCUGGCAUUGGCCGACCUCAUCAUGGGCUUGGUUGUGGUCCCUUUUGGCUCCAGCCACAUCCUGCUGGGAACCUGGCAGUUUGGAACAUUCAUGUGUGACUUCUGGACUGCCACUGACGUGCUGUGUGUGACGGCCAGCAUCGAAACUCUGUGUGUGAUUGCUGUGGACCGAUACCUCGCCAUCACAUCGCCUCUCCGCUACCCAAUACUACUCACAAGGGGUCGGGCCUUUGCAGUGGUUUUCGGGGUUUGGGCAGUGGCUAUCCUCAUCUCCUUCCUGCCCAUCCAUCUGAAGCUGUGGGUGUCAACAGAUGAGGAAGCUCAGAGGUGCUUGGAAGACAAGUACUGCUGUGAUUUCAACACCAAUGCAACGUACGCGGUGUUUUCCUCGAUUGUGUCUUUUUACCUGCCGCUGGUUGUGAUGAUUUUCCUGUACGCCAGGGUUUUCCAGGAGGCGCAGAAACAGCUGGAGAAGAUCAGAGGGAGGGAGAGGCACUUUUCUCACUUGCAUGAUGCUGUACAGCUGUCUUAUCCAGAAGUUAGUCCAGCAUUGAAUAAACGAACAGGAACUCAGGAGGGAGAGGACAGACUAAACAUGGAGAAAACAGACACUGGUAAGGGGGAGCAGUUAGCAGAAACCAGAGCUAGGACAGAAAGAGGUGAAGGAAAACACUCUGCUGCAAAACGUCUUAAGUUCGGUUUGAAGGAGCACAAGGCUGUAAAAACUCUUGGGAUCAUCAUGGGAACCUUCACGUUGUGUUGGCUACCAUUCUUCAUCCUCAACAUCCUCUUGACUUUUCUCCGCUUGGGGGAUAUUAGGCUGGUCUUCAAACUCCUCAACUGGCUGGGAUAUUCCAACUCUGCCUUCAACCCACUCAUCUACUGCCGCAGCCCCGAAUUCAGGCACGCCUUUCAGGAGAUACUCUGUCUCAGGGGCAAAAGGGGGAGCAGGGGAGGGAGGAGAGGAUGGGGAUGCAGGGACAGAGAUUGUUACUCCAAGCCCCCAGGUAGGACGAAUGUGGGCACAGCCCUGGAUGGUGACAGGGGGCUGGACCUUCAGCAGAGGUUGGGGUGGAAGGGCAGUUUGGACAGCUCUAUUCGGGACAGCUCGCUAAGUCUGGCACCUCCGACUCCUCGCCUCGAGCAGGUUUUAGAAGUAGCUCCUGGAUCCCUGACAAACCUGCAGGCUAACAGUUCUGCUAACGGGAGCUGUAAGGAAAACCUGGCUUCUAUUGCCUGAGCAAGUUUUUACAUUGUGCAAGUCGAGUCGUGGUGUGAACAUCAAUUUGGUGGAGCUCAAAAUGUUUGUUUUGGUUUGACUAAGACCUAACUUUAUUAUUGUUUUACGCGGUAGCUUGAAGUGUUGCUAGCUAAUAUUAAUAUGUUUAUUCAGUCUGUGUUACAAAGGGGUAAUGUGUGGUUACUGAUCUUCCUUUUUGUUAUAACAGUAAACCAUGUUCAGCAGGUAUUGUCGGCAUUAACAAAUGGUCUGACUCAAAGCUAGCAUUGUUAAAGCAACUUAUUGAGGUACAAUAAGGCUGAAUGAAUAGUGAACACAAUGCAGAUAAUACAUUGGUGAAGUAAAACUAAAUACUACAAUCUCCGCAACAGAAGAUGUCUUUAUUAUUCUCUAAUGCCCUAUUUAUAGUUCCCCUGUUUACCCCCAAAUGGAUAAGAGUAAGGUUUGGUUAUAAUGCACUGCCCAUGAAUAGCUGUCUUAUGAAUUUCAGGACAAAUAGAAUUAAAUAUUUAAGGACUAUUCUACUUUUAGAUGUGAAAGGUUUAAAUGACUAUUUGUAAUGAUAUUCAAACUGAUCCUUUAUUAAGAGCAGUCAAAAGGGAAAAACAAGACAAUGCUGUUUCUUAGUAGUGUGAGAAAAAAAAAUCCACUGGCAGGACGGUUGGUGAUUCAAAAUCUGCUUGCAUAUAUUUAGGUUGGGAAAAGGAGAACCAUACAUCCUUUUUCCACCUAGUAUAGUUAAAGGACCAUGACGCACAACAAGAUAUUGUAGCACCAACUUCCAUUACUGCCAUCAAUGGUAUAAUAGUCAGAAAGUAUAGAGCAAAAUCUGUAUGAAAGGUAGGUUUGUUUAAAAUAGCACCAUUCAAUAAAACAGAGGGUGCUGCCCAGGAUUAUAUUAAGAUAUAUUAAAAGAAAGACAUACAACAUUAAAAGAAACAAUAUGAUUACAGACCUUAAAACCAUACCUAAUGUGGAUGUUGUCUUUGUGGUUGUGUGGAAUGUGUUGUUCAAAAAGAAGAUUUCUUACUAUUGCAAGAAUGAGGAUUUGUGUUUUAAUCAAAGGUAUUCAGUAUUCAGAACCUGACUGAUAUGUUCAACCUAAACCAUCACAUUUGUUGUAAACAGUGCCUUGACUGCCAGCAACAAAGGCACAAGACACACAUCCACUAUGAAGCAGAGAUUAAAAAAUAUACUUAGUUUGCCCUGUAGCUGAACAGUCUUAUAGGAGGGUCUCAUUUGAGGCUGACUCAAAAUAACCUCCUGAGAUUUUUGUUUCCCAUUCCUUACUGAUAAACCUCAGAGCAGGUCCAAAAUCAUUUGCUGGUGUAUAUUUGUGUGUAAGAUAAACAUCUGAGACCCAAACUUGUGACAGUGAUGAUAACUUUCUCUCUUUGUUUUUGCUUUCUCCAAUUACAAAUUCACAGGAACUAUUUUCCCUCUCUUUAUCGCUCCAGACAUCUGCAGCCACGCUUUGAUUUUCUCUGUCUCUCUAAUAACAUUGUAAUCGUCAGAUAGGGGUGGGAAGAUAAUUUUCAUGCAGUAGGUUCUGUUUUAAAAAAUGUUCUGUCACAAAGCAAGGUGAUAACUCAUAUUUUGUGCCUGGUUUUGAUAUUACUCAAACAUUUGGUUGAAUAAGUUGCAAUGUAAAAUCCUUAUUAUUAUUAUCUAAUUAUAUUAAAGUAAUCAUAAGCAUAUACAGUGCUUUUAGAUUACAUACACCUUACACCCAAAGAGGACGAAUUACAUUCAGAAAAUAAUCUCCCCAGCCCUGCUUUUAUGUGUAUAGAUGAAGCCUACACCUGAACCAGGUAAUGAAGGUCAAUACUUGGCAGUUGUAAGUAAAUAUGACUUGUGCAUGUCUGUCUGUAUGUUUUGUCUGUCAGUGAUGUGAUUAUUAACUAUUUGUGCAUUUGAGAGCUUGAAAUGUGCCAUUGAAUAUUUUCAAUGUACUGUAAUGUAGAUUAUUUGAAAGUUGGAAAAUACUUAUUUUUUAUUUCAAAUUCAGUUAUUUAUCUGUUCCUCAAAAAGAACAGUUGUUUUAUUGUGCAAUUUGUCUAAUGUCUGUUAAUACAUGUGGAGUUUAAGCAGCACUGAAACUCGAGUUUACACUCUUACACACUUUACAAAAAUCUGUAUGUAAAAAACAAAAUUAGUUUGUGUAGUGUGUGUAGUUGUUAACAAGAUGAACCUUUUUUUUUUCUACCUCGAUCAUACUCACAUCUCAUGUCGGUAAAUAUUUAUUCUUAACGUGCUGGAUCUUUUUGUGAGUAAAAACAAUGAAGUUUGACAAGUGUUUGUCUGAAUCUGUUGCUCAGCUAUGUGUUUAUGCGUGUUGGUGGAUGGGUGUGUGAUCACAGACUGCCAUAAAGAAAGAGAGGGAGUGAUAACAAAGGUUAAAAGAUAAAUAAGGUUAAAAUUAGCUUGGUACUAUUCACAGCUUGCCUUUCUACAAACAGCCCCAGGUCAUUUAGGGUUAUUAGACUGGAUGCAAAUUCUUCAUUUAAGCAUUGGAACACACUGAUAAUGCAUAACAGAAAUUGUUUUUAGUCAAUGUGCACAAAAUAAACAGUGAGACAGACUUCAUGGAGCAUUCUGUAAUCCAAUUUUAAUAAAUCAUAUAAGAAGUUAGCAUAACCUCUAUAAACAAGUGAUUGCAGAUGCUGAAUCUGGAGAAUGUGUAGGCAGUGGGUCAAAGUCUAGCAUUGGCAGCAUGCUAGUUUCCAUUUGCCACCAGAAAAGUAUUGACCAAUCCUGUUUAAGUAGGAUUUGGUUGCAAGUUCCUGCAGACGGAAAUAAAGAGGGGCUUUGGCAUUGGGUUUCUAUAUUGCAUAUUGGCCAAUAUGUUAUAUAGAAACCCAAUGCUAUUCUGUACAAUGAUUUAGCUUUUCAAUAAUUACAUUAACAUUAGCUUUUCAGUGGCUACAUGUGAAAGCGUUCCUAGAAGUGUUCUCUUAGUUCAAACUCCUUUAUGAAGUCUCAAGUUGCCAACCGGCCUAUAAACAACUCUUAUCCUUGAUAUGCACUUUCUAAACCAGAGAAUUUGAGAAAUAAUGCCGCCAGAAGGUUAUCGUCAUCAGAUCAGUGGCUGAUUUAAGAUCUGAAUGACCAUAACUCUGGCAAUUUAGAAAAAAAGUACUGAAAGGGCCCUUGUCAAUCUAAAUAUGGGAUCAGGGAAUGUGAUUCUUUUCGCACUGCAACUUUAACCUUUUAACUAAACCCAUGGGACAGAGGCUUUUUGUGCUUAUCCAGUCAUCCAGUUGCAAGGAGGGUGUGUGUGUGUGUGUGUGUGUGUGUGUGUGUGUGUGUGUGUGUGUGUGUGUGUGUGUGUGUGUGUGUGUGUGUGUGUGUGUGUGUGUGUGUGUGUGUGUGUGUGUGUGUGUGUGUGGGUGUGUGUGUGUGUGUGUGUGUGUGUGUGUGUGUGUGUGUACGUGGGUGGGUGUGUGUGUGGGUGUGUGUGCGUGCGUGCGUGCGUGACGUACAGUGACAGGUGCAGGUGGUCACAGCAGCAGCAGUAUCAGCUACUGCAGAGGAAAUACAAUCAGCUAUACUGACUCAAUACACGCACACACACACACUCACACACUGUGUGUUUGAGUGGGAAUGUGACCUGUUUGUAAGUUUUUUCAUAUGUACGGAAUAUUUUCAUUAUAUGUCCUAUAUGUUAGCUGUAUUGUCUUAUUUUUGCAUUUGUUUUUAGUAUUAAAACCUGCAAAUGUAUUGUCUUCUGAAUAUGUGUAUGGAUUGUGUCUUUUGUAAACUCCAAGUGGUUUGAAUACAUAAAAUAGUUAAGUCUUGGCACAGAUUAAUCUAAUAAAAAAGCCUUUAAUGUUU